AUGGGUGGUAAAAUAGACCGAAACGUGAACAGCAACGGUGGUCCCCCAAUCUUCCGUAUAAAUGGCCAGAACUUCCACUACAUUGGUACUCUAUUUUCGGUAGACGGUAAGAAACCACAUUUCGCACAGCUGUAUAUCUAUGAUACGAACAAUGAAAUUGGACAACCGUGUCAAUUCUGCAACCCCAAGUGGCCUGAGGUACAACGCUUCUUGAAUACAAGAAAAUUAAGGCCAGAAGAUCGCCCAGACAUAAUUUGUAGAAUAUUCAAAUUGAAGUUGGAUGCCCUACUAUCAGAAUGUCGAAAGAACAAGUUAUUUGGCCCAGUCAUUGGAGUGAUCUAUACCAUAGAGUUUCAAAAAAGAGGUCUACCGCAUGCUCAUAUACUUUUGUUCCUGAAUAAAAACAAUCGAGCGCAAAGUGGUAUAAAUCUGGACAACAUUAUUUUAGCUGAGUUACCUGACCAAGAAACAGAUCCAGAAUACUUCAAAUCCCGUUCAAUCAAGUAUUUGUUCAAGUACGUCAACAAGGGCCAUGACAGGGUAACAGCAGAGUUUUUCAAAGCCAACUGCGAUGCAGAAUGUCCAAAAGUUAUUGAUGAAAUCAGUAUGUUCUAUGAUUUUUGGUACAUCUCUCCAUGUGAAGCAUCUUGGCGAUUAUUUGGAUUUGAUAUACAGUUAAGGACACCAGCUGUUGAGCGAUUAAGCUUUCACUUGCCAAAUCAACAAAGUGGCGUAUUUGCAGAUGAUGAUCCAGUUGAUAACAUACUAAGCCGUCCAACAAUCAUGUUCUUAGAAUGGUUUGAGGCAAAUAAAACCUACCCAGCUGCAAGACAACUGACAUAUGCCGAAAUGCCAACUAAAUUUGUAUGGAAGAAAGAUGUUAGGAAAUGGGAUGCGUGUUCUGCAAGAGGAUUAGUCGACGGCGACAGGGAAUAUGUUCAUGCUAUAGAAGAAGAAAGUCAAUGGGCGACAGGUGUAAAUUUGAGAAUAUUGUUUGUCACCCUAUUAAUGUCAAACUCAAUGGGAAAACCAGAAGUUGUGUGGGAAGCUGCCUGGCACUAUUUGGCUGAGGAUGCACAAUUCAAGAUUAGUGCUCAAUUGGGGAUUACAGAUUUGAUUUUAUCUGAAGAUGAGAAAAAGAAUUUUGCACUUCAUGAGAUACAAAUAAUGUUUUCUGCUAUGGGAAAGAGUUUGAAAGACUUUCUGUUGAUGCCAAAUGAUAAAUUGGUGCAUCAACUCACCGAAGAACAAAGGGCUAUAUAUGGAGAAGUAUUGCAAGAUGCUGAGAAUAAUCUGGGAGGCCUGUUUUUUGUUUAUGGAUACGGUGGAAUGGGAAAAACAUUCUUAUGGAGAGCAUUGUCUUCUGCUUUAAGGUCAAAGGGUGAUAUAGUUUUAAACGUGGCAUCAAGUGGCAUAGCAUCUCUUCUACUACCAGGAGGUAGAACUGCGCAUUCAAGAUUUUCAAUACCAAUAGCUGUUAAUGAAGAUUCAACCUGCAACAUCAGUCAAAGUAGUCCUUUGGCACAGUUGAUAAUGCAAAGUGGAGAUUUCAGACAGAUUCUACCAGUCAUUCCAAAGGGAACCAGGCAAGAUAUUGUUGGAGCAAGUAUAAAUGCAUCAUAUCUUUGGAGAAGCUGUAAAGUAUUUAGGCUAACAAAGAAUCUCAGGCUUAGGUCAUUGCAAUCAGAUACUGAAGUUAAAGAGAUUGAAAAAUUUGCAAAGUGGAUUGCUAAUAUAGGUGAUGGAACAAUUGGUGAUUGUUUGCAUGGAGAAUAUCGUGCUAUUUUGACACCAACUUUGGAUAUUGUGGAUGCAGUAAAUGAAUACAUGAAUGACUAUAAUAAUGCCGAAGGAAGGACGUAUCUCAGUUGUGAUUCGGUUUGUAAAUCUAAUUCAAAUGUUGACAUGCUUCCUGAUCUGCACACUGCAGAAUUUUUUAAAUGGUUUAAG